AUGACUGUGCAAUCUCUGAUUUUCUGUUUGACAGAUAAAACCGGCAAGAAAUUCGCCCCGAAGGCGCCUAUCCGCCGUGCGCCCGCCGCCGCGCCCGCGAGACGACCUAGUGUUGCUCAACAGUCGCCAGCUGAGCCUGCCCAGGAGGAGAAGGAAAAAACCAAAGAUGUAGUUGCCUCUGAUCUGACGCCUCCUGUGGCUGCAGAGCCAGAAGCAAGGGCAGUCACAGAGGCCUCACCUGCGGUAGUCGCUGCGCCAACCACAGAACAAACACCCGUUGCUUUGGAUACUGCAGUCACUCCCCCGAUAGCUACUCCUACCACCGCUCCGAUUGUUACACAGAGCGUCACACCUACCGACACGCCUACUACACCCACUGCUACACCCAUCGCCAAGCCGACUCCAAUCUCAAAGCCGAUCUCAAAGCCCACUCCGAUCCCUAAGCCAACUACUAUCUCAAAGCCGACUCCAAUCCCCAAGCCGACUGCCAUCCCAAAGCCAACCCCGAUCCCAAAGCCAGCUGUGCCGCAGAAGCGCACUGCCCCCAUCUCUAUCUCGCAACCCGCACCUGUCUCAACCGCCCCGCCUACCCCUCCUCCCAGUCAACCCACCCCAUCUCCCGCCAAUGUCCCGACUACCGAGGCUCAACCUCCAUCCUCUGAGGAACAUGGACCAGAGACGGCUCUUUUAGAAUACGCCAGGAUUGAAACAGCGCGGGCCGCGGAAAACCUUGUCGAUUCAAAUGAAGCUCUACCCCAACCUCGACCUGAAACUGAACGAGCUGCCCCAACCGAGGGUCGACCAGCAAAACGCGCUCGAACUUCGUCAACUACAGCUGUCCCACCUCGGAAGAAAUCGGUAUCUGUAGCGGCAAGCCGUCGAAGCUCCCAAUCAGUCGUGCCUACCAUCGAAGAUUCAAGCGCAACACCCAGUGAAUCCAAUAUUUCAACUCCAGAUCCCACAAAGCCAAAGAAACGAAAGUACUCAAAGGCCGGUACCUCGGAUCUUGAGGGUAGCGAGAAACCAAAGCGCACCCGCAAGAAGCGCGAACCUACCCCGGAAGGCGCAGAGACAGUCGAGAUCUUGCCGAAUGUUGUCAAAAUGUCUGAGCUUUGCAAAGAUCUCAGAACCGGAAAGAAGUCCAAACGCGAGACAGAGCUGCGCAAGAUCGAUCAGGCCGAAGAAGAACGGAAGAAGCAGGGCGGGACCCCCGGACCAGGAACAGGAACGCCCGUCAAGCAAGCUGAACCCGAACAGGAGAAGAAUGAGCAACCAGUCGAUUGGAAACCCCAAAGUGGCCCCAUUAUGCGAAUCGUCAACGGCGAGAUCGUGCUGGAUAGUGCUUCCUUGCAGGUCGAUCGUCACGCGGAUGCCGCCCGAGCUGCCGGCGACCUCGAAGAUGUGGUGGAAAGCUCGUUCACGCGGAAGGUCAAUCAGGCCUCGUAUGGCAAGCGUACAAAGACUGAAACAUGGGACGAAGAGUUGACAGAUCUGUUUUAUCGCGGGCUCCGCAUGUUCGGUACGGAUUUCAUGGUCAUCAGCAAAAUGUUCCCGGGCCGGUCUCGUCGUCAGAUCAAGUUGAAGUUCAACAAUGAAGAGCGUCGUGAUCCGCAACGAAUCAAGGAGACCUUGAUGGGCCCGUCUGAGACCAUCGACAUUGCAACUUAUUCAGAGAUGACUAACACCGUCUAUGAUGAUCCCAAGCUUGUUCAGCAAGAACUUGACGAUGAGAAGAAGCGGAUUGAGGACCAACACGCUAAGGAGAAGGAGUUGCAAGAGGAAAUGCUUCGAAACCCAACUGGUGGUGAUUCCAACGAUGCGAAGGAUGCCAAGAACGACAAGACGGGUGUCAGGAAAUCCCGCAAGAAGGCGAGCAUGAAGAACCAGGGAGGCGGAACAGAGGAGGUUCUGGGAUCGAUAGAUGACUUCCCCAUGGCUUAA